AUGGAAGGUCCAUUCAAAGUUAAUCUAUCAACGACAGGUGCUUGGCUCGAAUUUAUCCAUGAUCGAAUCGGAUACAUGAGAAAUCCCAAUAAUUUGGAACAAUGGGAUCAAGAGAACAACCACAUCAAGCAAAGACCAGAAAAAUCAACCUACGACAAUUAUGUGGCAGCCAAUGGUUACGGAGGGUUACCAAAACCAAAAGCUUCUGCUACCUCCUCAUCAAAUCAAAGAGAGAGUUUUGGACCUGGUUACGACUAUGAAGCAGCUCAAAAUGAUCAUUUGACACCGCUCACCAGAAUUUGGAUCAAUCAAGAAUUGAACAAUAAGUUGGACAACCAUACCUCAACAAUUACGGAUGAAGCGGCGAGUAACAAUGCCAAGUCCCAUUCCCUCAACGAUAUGCAAGAGGAUUCUCUCGUGUUGAAAGAACUAGGCUCCCUCAUCAGAGAAAAGCUUGAUUUUGAUUCGAAAUACCACAUUAUUUGCAUGAUACCUACUUUCACUACUGGCAGAACAAGAUUUAAUUAUGCCAGAAAGAAAUGCAUGGAUGUCUAUUUCAACAAAUCUCAAUACGAGUCAUUCACUACCAAGCUUGACUCUUUAUUUGUCACUUACCACAAGUAUCGAAUUAUAUCCAAGACUUUUAAUAUCAGAAUGCAACAUUUAUUAAUGUCACCUCAAAGCAAAUGUGAUUCAUUGAAUUUGGCCAAUAUUUUCCUUCAUUUUUCAAAUCCGAACACUUAUCAAUUUGAAGUUGAGACAGAUGUAGAUGGUUUCUUCUCUCGUAUGGCUCAUCUGCUGUGCUUUAUGGCUACUAAGAAAAAAUAUCUAGCCAAUUCUACGGCUUCUUUUGAAGCCGAUAGCAUUUACAAAGACGCCAAUAAGGUAUUCUUGCGCUUGAAGGCAUGUUGGGCAGAGGCAUUUCGAUUAGAGUCAUAUUAUUCGAAAAAUGAAGAGAACAUCAUUGUCAAUGGAACUUUUCCAUAUGUGAAAGGAGGUUCAAAUUUAAAGACUGAUGAUGAGGACGCUGGAGAUACUCAACAACAGGCCAAGAAGGUUACCGACAUUUCAGGAGAUGUUGUAGAAGAACCUAUGACUGGUGACACACUAACACAGAAUGAUGAAACAAUAGGGCUUGACCAACAGGCAGAGGAGGAUAAAGACGUACUCAAAGUCGACGCAGAAUCAUUGCCCUUAGAGAUUGACACGAGAACCAUCUCAAAUCAAGUUAUGGUUGGCUAUAACGAAUUAUUCGUGAACACGCCAUUAGAAAGAGCAAAAGAACAGGUCAAAAUGCAUAAAAAAGAGACAGCCAGUGAAUCUUUAUCAGAAUUUGUGGUGGAACUGGAAAAUAACGAGCUCACAACUGACAAUAUCAAAUGCAAGUCCACCGAGGAAAACCCUUUAGUCUUCAGCUAUGAUUCCAACAUGUAUUCAGGGCUGAAGGCUCAUCAUUGUGUUAAAUCUCCAAUCUAUAAUUAUGACUCGUACAUGUGCUAUUUAAUAAGAGAGACUGUUCGGUCGGUAUUACCUCAAUUGUUCAGCGAUUUUCAUGACGAGAAUUGUACCAUUUUCAAGAAAGUUACCUUACUCAAUUUAGGAGGAUGGAAUGUAUUUAAUAAUUUGAUUUUACACAUACUCUUGGAAAAUGGAAAAACUCUUCCCUCCACUAUUGAUUAUUCAACAUUGGAAGAAUGCAAAGAAAGUUCCAACUCUGAUGGACUACAAGAGCUGUCUUUAGUAGGCUUUACAAAUGACCAUCUUUUGGCAAUGUUUUCCAACGAUAGAUCCUAUGACUCGUAUUCUAUGAUGGAUGCUACCAAGGAUCCAAAUGGAAUCAAAAAUAGAAUGUCAGAGAAGAUACGGCCAUUGGAGGCUGUUGACAAGAAACGAGUAUUUCAAAUUUUAGGAAAUAAUGUUAAUCAAGUGAAUUGUUACUUGUAUGGCGACUAUGUUUCUUCAAUUCGUAGCGAGUUAUUUAUUCUCACUAACUUUUUGCCAAAUGUUAGAGAAAUUUUAGUCAUGCCUAAAACAAGAGAAUCAGGAUUGUUGAUUUCUCAGAUCGAUAACUUUUAUACCUCUUUUGACAAUGAUUUUGAGGAAUCAGCUUAUUUUUCAAAAUAUUUCAAAAAUAUUACCAUGUUUAUGGAAGAAAAACCUGUAAAAGUAAUUAAUUGGAAGGAUGGAGAAGAAUCCACAAAUGUGGAGUAUGAAGCAAACACUGAAGAAGAACAAGCCAACGAUGAAACGGUUGUGAAUGAUGUUCUGACUUUUGAUGUCCAAUCUCAAUUGGGAACUUCGAAUUCUGAAAAACCAAGUCUUGCUGUGAAAAUUUUACUCGUUUGCCAGGUCUCUACAAACAAUUUGGAAACAUUUUUAGACAUCUCUGGGUUAUCCAUUGAGAAACUUCCUUUAGCAAAUCAAAUUUUACGUCAAUCACCUGGAUAUCCCAUCGAGCAGAAGAAAGAGUUUAUGGAUUAUUUAUUGAAUAACCUCAAGCUGCCAGUGAGUGUGGUAGAUACUUUUGCAUUUGAUUACACUGAAGAGAAGCGAAUUUUGGAAGAAUAUCUUGUUUUCCAUGCCAAUUCUCGAGACGGACGGUUGAUCGGCUUGGAAAAUUUAGCAUUCGAUUUCGACGGCACCAUCUCAUGGAUCAUAUCGUUACUUUACUAUGGCUGGGAUGUGUUCAAAAAUCCUCAAAUAUUGGAAGAAGUAUUCAUGUCUUUGCAUUGUGCGAACGCUUCUGCUUUUUAUGGCACUGAGAAUAUGGCAUUCUCUUGUUUCUUUUCACUUUACAUGGCAAAACUAUUUUAUGAAAAUGCUAGCAGACAACUUUUUUUGGAAUAUUUGAAAUCGAACUUUGACAUUGCAAGUGGAGAUGUUGACAAGAUGAUCACACAAAUUGAGAAUGACUGUUGCAACCGUCUAUACUUGCAAGAGGACACUGAUUUGAAAAAUCAUGACAAGACAAAGCGCCUGAUGAACAUAUUUUUCACCUAUGUUACUCGACCCAAACAAGAUGGAGUCCUCUAUGAGAAACAACACGUGAAAUUGACUCCAGAGAAGAUAUUCAUCAUGGCCAUUAUUGCAUUAGAAUCCAAGAGCAUGAAAUAUUUCAAUGAUGUCAUGACUCUUGGAAGUACCUUAACGACCUUCUCUCAAGUCUUUGAAAAGACCAUGUUCUUUCAAACACCUGGUCCCAACACUCUUGAGCAGUAUAACUUGCCUCGAUUCACUGCCAACCUUCGAAAAGACUGUUUAAUGUCGAAUGAGAACUUUUUGAAACAUUAUAGAAAGAAACAAGCACUCAAGUUAAUGUAUGAAAAGGAACUGAAACUAGACACCAAAUUUUCAAAAGAGGAAUUAGAUUUAAAAUUUUAUCAAGAGGAGUGUGUCGAUUCCAUUGAGAUGAAUCUAUUGCAUUUCAUGCUCGCAUGUCCCUCAAUUCCAACAUCAAUAGUACUAGCGGUAGUAGAGAAAAUGACCGCUGAACAGUUGCUAUUUGUUGACACAUUUAAAAACACUUGUCUACACGUGGCAAUUAUAUGUAUGAAUUCAGAUUUAAGGGUCAUUUCCAAAAUAAUUGAAAAACAACCCAAACUGGUUACCAUGAUGAAUGGAGAUCUCAAUACUCCACUACAUUUGGCAUGCUUCAACAAUAUUGACAGACUACUGUUGAUUGGUAAACAAUUAGUGAAAGAGUAUGGAGCAAGUGUCAAUGUUGUGAAUGCAUGCGGAAUGACACCUUAUGAAAUUGCUCUGCUCUCUAUUUUCAAGGAAAGUCUGAACAAGCACUUUGGAUUUGUUAAUUCUUGGAGUGAGUUUGAUUUGAAUUGGCUCUAUCCAACGUCAGGACUCACCAAACAGAAAAUCAUUGAAAACAUGAUUCGAAACAAGCACACUACUGAACAUGUCAAAAACAUCAAGGAAGUUGACAAAAAAAAGAAUACUGAGGGUUCAGAAACCAAACCAAAGAUUGCUACGGAAACAGCAUUGGACACAAAAAUUGCAAAGCGAGUACAGACAGCCAAGUCUCCCAUUCCCACUCGACCAACAGCCAAUAAGCAGGAACCAACUGUGACUCCUUCUUCAUCGACUGCUGGCAAAAAAGCCACUAAUACUAACAGCACCACUUCGUCUGCCAAAGCAUCACACUCAACUGUGACCGCAGUAUCGACAACCUCCAAUGUAACAAAAACAACACCUUACUCUGGUUCUUCCUCAAAGCCGUCAACAACCAAAGAGAAAACGAGCUCAGGAAAGGACGUUACUUCCUCUGCCAAUGCUCCCAAAUCGAAACCGCCACCAACUGAGCAGCAAACAAAGACCAGUACUGUUGUGUCAUCUCAAACGAAAACAACGACGACAAUAGCAACAAAGACGACAACUUCACCAACUACCAAACCCUCAACAGCCAAGGCAUUGACGAUCAAAAAAUAG